GAGGUUUUAGAUUUUUAUGCUAACUCGCCUGGUUCCCUGGCCUGGGUGUAGGCUUGGUGACACGGAAACAUUAGGCCCUGAGGGAACGAACUCCAGCGCGGAUAUCAAAGAUGGUUGCUCUUCAGUUGGAGCAAAGGGUCGUAGGCGUCUGCUGGGUUAGCAGGACGGAGUUUACUUCUUGGGGUACACUACUUUUCCUGUCAGCGUUUUCCCCGUGUGUGACAUCUUUAUAGGUCAUGGAAAACACCCAGGUGAUUGCCUGGGAUGCUGAAGAAGAGGAAGAGACAGAAAUAUCCAGUGGAUCCUUGGGGUAUAGUGUGGAGCCUAUAGGGCGUCUACGUCUCUUCAGUGGUACUCAUGGACCAGAAAGAGAUUUUCCACUCUACCUUGGCAAGAAUGUCAUUGGUCGAAGCCCUGACUGUUCUGUGGCCCUGCCUUUUCCAUCCAUCUCCAAACAGCAUGCAGUGAUUGAAAUCUCAGCUUGGAACAAAGCCCCUGUCCUCCAGGAUUGUGGGAGCCUCAAUGGCACUCAAAUCGUAAAGCCUCCAAGGGUCCUACCUCCUGGAGUGAGCCAUCGUCUAAGGGACCAGGAAUUAAUUCUGUUUGCAGACUUUCCCUGCCAAUACCAUCGCCUGGAUGUCCCACCACCCUUGGUCCCUCGGAGUCUUCUAACUAUAGAGAAGACCCCCAGAAUUCGGGGAGGAUCCCAAAAUUCCAGAGUUUUGUUGGCUGAGGAUUCAGAGGAAGAAGGGGAUUUUCCUUCUGGAAGGUGUGUGGCAAAUGGAUCAAGGAAUAUAGCAUCCCCUUCAGUAACAGUAGUUCCAGAAAGUGAUGAAGAGGUCUCUUCUCCGGCCCCAAGUGUCGUCCCUGGGCCAUCUUCACCCUUUGGUUUGGGCAGUGACACAGAUGAAGAACAAGGUCAGCAACCAGGACUAGAGGAGUCCUCUUUAGCUGACAGCAGUGGUGCCGCAGGGGAGGCUGAGCAGCCUGAAGCUAACGGAAUGACAGCUGGCAUACAGUCUAAGCCUACUGAGCAAAAGUUGAAGGACACAAAAGUCAAGAAGGAGGCAGGCAGUGCAGGGGUUCCGGAUGGGUCAGUUCUGGAGAGGAUCCCCGCUCUUGGGGAGGACAGUGACACAGAAGUGGAUGAACAUCAACCUUCUGGUGCUGUGGACAGUGACACAGAUGUAGAAGAAGAGAGGAUCCCUAUGAAGAACCAAGUGCUGCUUGGAGUUGGUAUAGGGGAUUCUGGAGCGCCUGGUGUGGCACAUCUGCAGGACAGCCCAGCUGGUAGUGACACAGAUGUAGAGGACAAGACUGUAUCAGCUGUCCCUCUAGAGAGAAACCACACACCCAUGGUGAUCAACAGUGAUACAGAUGACGAGGAGGAGGAGGAGGUCUCAGCAGCACUCACCUUGACCCAUCUGAAAGAGAGAGGAAUUGCUUUGUGGAGUAGAGAUCCAGGCACAGAAGAUGUCAAGUCCCAACCACAGGUCCUUGUAGAACGAAGCCAGAGUGCCUCUGGGAGAGACAGUGACACAGACAUGGAGGAAGGAUCCUCAGGGGGAAAGAGAGAGAUUGUCCCUGACAGCCCCAUGGAUAUAGAUGAGGCUUUUACUGUCACACAGUCAGAGAGCCAGCCUCCCCAUAGGCCUAAUGAUGUAGAUAAGGACGUGGAUAUGAGCUCCCCUGGCAGCCAUCUAGAGGUAAAUCAGGCCACCUCUGCUGUGGUAGACAAGAUCGGAGCACAAGUGGAGGAGGAAGUCCCAGGGCCAUCUGUUACCCUGGGGGAGAAGCACCAGGUGCCUCUAGAGGGAACCCAGCCUCCUGAGGAAACCUGGGAAACAGCUGUACAGGAAGGCUCAUCCUCACCAGAGGUAGCUGUACGAACAAGCCUGCAGCCAGUAGCAGAAGAUGCUGGGACAGAGUGUGCUGCAGCUGUUUCCAAGCAGGAAAGUGUUCAUGAGGUGGGGGCCCAAAGCAGAUCACCUGCAGCACCAGUGGAGCAGGUGGUAGUAUACACAGAUACUUCAGGGGAUCCCAUCCUGCCACAGAGAGAGGAAGUCCGAAUCCCCACAGGAAGGGAGAGAGAAGCACAUGUGGGUAGGACCAAGAGUGCCAAAGAGAGCUGUGAUGAACCUGAAGAUCAGUGCCUUCCAGCUACCCAGUGCUUUGUGGAAGGGGAGAGCCAGCACCUAGAAGCUGUCCAGAGUUUGGAAGAUGAGCCUACCCAAGUCUUCCUUCCACAAGAAUCUAGACCUUCCCAUCUCAGCCUUCCGACUCCAGGUGCAGAUACCUUGGAUGUGCCUUGGGAAGUCUUGGCUACACAGCCGUUUUGUCUGAGAGAACAGACAGAGCCCUCUGAGCCCCAGCUCAGUGACACCCACUUUGAAGCUCAUGGAUCUCGACCAUCUCUACCUAGGGAACCACCAGGACAUCAACAUCUGGUUCAUACCAGCCCGGCUCACACAGAGCUGUUGAGAAUUGAAGGCAGAGAGAUACAGACUGUGGAGAAAGCCAUGGGUAUACCAAAGGAAAUAGCAGACAGGGUGACCCCUGAGAGAGAGCCAUUGGAGAGGGAAAUCAGGGAAAGAACAGCAAACAGUGAGAGAGAAGAUAUAAUAGGGGAAGAACUAACUCAGGGGACAGAGGACAGAGAGCCAAAGAAGGUGUUAGCUAGAGACAGUCAGAGAAAAGAGGCUGACGAGGAUCCUGAAGAGAAUGGGGAGAGUUUGGAGGUAGAAAUGGAGAUGUCCAAAGACUCAGAGAUGAAAGAGAAAAAAGUAGAGAAAAUAGAACCAGAAAGAAAAUGGGAGUCAGCUGGUUUAGAAGUGAUCCUAGAUAGAGGGGUAUCAGAGGAAGGGAGCCAUGAUCAUAAAGGGCAAAUUGCCAAUCUAACACUAAAGCCUGGAGUUGGGGUGAAGGACCUUGAGGGACUUGUAUCAGCCCCAAUAAUCUCUGGGAGCCAGGGAGAUGGAGGAAAGGGAGACCCUUUGAGCCCCGGGAGGCAGCAGAGAGGCCGCUUGAGUUGCCAGAUGACACCUGCUGGAAAGGCUUCCAGGGAUGAUCCAGAGCCCCCAGACAAUGGCCCGUUUUCUCCAGUGCUUGAAGCUUCAGCUCAGAGUCUCUUCACCUCUCAAAGCCAAAAGCAGUCUACACCUCAGCCUCUGUUUUUGACCUCUUCUUCUGAGCUACCCCUUCCUGAGACUCGUCACACAAAGCCUAAUGUCAGGCCACGGCGGUCCUCCAGGAUGACCCCCUCCCCACAUUCCUCUGCUGCCCUUAAGCCUUAUACUACUUGCCCCACAAACCAGCCUGCUGCCUCUAGACCAACAUCUCGACCCACUCGGGGCAGGGCAAAUAGGUCCUCUACCCGGACCCCAGAAUUGAUUGUCCCUACAGACCCUGAGCUCCAGCCUUCCACCUCCACAGAACAGCCUGUCAUCCCAAAACUUACAUCUCAGGUCACUGAGGGCAGGGCACAUACCUCUGUUAAGAUGCCUGAACCAGUUCUCACAGGUUCCGAAAUCCAGUCUCCCACCUCCACAGAACACUCUGUCACCCCAGACCUCAAACCUCGGGCCACUCGGGGCAGGCUAAAUAGGUCUCCCAAGAAGACCCUAGAACCACUUACUUCUACUGGCCCUGAACUCCAACCUGCCACCUUCAUAAAACAACCUGUCAUACCUAAACCCACUUCUCGGGUUCCUCGGGGCAGGCCACGUGAGUCUUCUGUGAGGACCCCAGAAUCAGUUGUCCCCCCUGGCCCUGAACUUCAGCCUCUUAGCUCCAUAGAACAACCUGUUAUCCCUAAACCUAGGGCCACUCGAGGUAGAUCAAGUAAGUCUUCUAUCAAGACCCCAGAACCAGUUGUCCCCACUGGUCCUGAACUGCAGCCUCUUAACUCUGCAGAACAGCCUGUUGCCCCUAACCUCACAUCUCGGACCUCUCGGGGUAGGUCAAGUAAAUCUAUCAGGACCCCAGAACCAGUUGUCCAAACUGGUCCUGAAUUCUAUCCGUCCACCUCCACAGAACAGCCUGAUACCCCUGAGCCCUCAUCUCAGGGCAGGACACGUAGGUCUGCCAGGACUCCUGAAGUGAGUGUUGCCACAACUUCUGAACUCCAGCCUUUCACUUCUAAAAAACAGCCUACCCCCAAGCCCACAGCUCUAGUCACUCGGGGAAGGACACAUAAACCCUCCACUGAAGAUUCUGAAUCAGUUGGGCCAGUAGCCCCUGAUUUUGAGCCUCCCACCUCUACAGACCAUCUUGUCACCCCUAAGUUCACAGGUCAGAGCUUAACACUACAGUCUUCAUCCCUAAGUGCUUCCCCAGUUUCCACUCCCCCUGAACUCAAGCCUCCUGUCCCCACAGCCCAGCCUAUUACCCUGGAGCCCAUUCCACAAGCCAAUCACCAAAGGAAACGAAGGGCUACUGGGAAGCAGGGUUCCCACACAGUUCCUGUUGGUCAUAAGUCUUACUCUCCCCCCUCUGAACCUGAGCCCCAAUCUUCAGCCAGCCAAAGUUCAGGGGCCUCAGAAGCAGGUGAGUCAAUUACAAUCACUCCUGAGCCUACCAUUCCCCUGGUGCAUAACGAAGCAGCCGGGAGAUCAGAGUCCAUUCCUAAGCCCCAGCCUAAGGCUUCUCGAAUCCCAAAGAAGCAUUCCACUACCACAGACUCACCCUGUCAAAAACGUCCCCGAAGACAAGUCCCCCAGAAAACCAUAGUCAUCAAGGAAGAAGAUCCUGCAGAAACAGAAGUGAAAGAAGAGCCUCAGGAGAUAGCAAUUCCAACACCAGGCAAGAGAAAGAGGGACCGUGCAGAAGAGACCCAAGGAAACCCAACUCGAAGACGGAGAACUAAACCUAACCAAGAACCUGUAGCCCCCAAGGUACUGUUCACAGGAGUUGUGGAUUCUCGUGGAGAGCGUGCAGUGCUGGCUCUGGGUGGCAGUCUGGCCAGCUCAGUAAAUGAGGCCUCCCACUUGGUUACCGAUCGCAUCCGCAGGACAGUCAAGUUCUUGUGUGCCCUGGGAAAGGGAAUUCCCAUUCUGUCUCUGAACUGGCUAUAUCAGUCCCGAAAGGCUGGUUGCUUCUUGCCGCCUGAUGACUACUUGGUGACUGAUCCUGAACAAGAAAAGAAUUUUAGUUUCAGCCUUCGGGAUUCCCUGAGCCGUGCUCGGGAACGAAGACUACUGGAGGACUAUGAGAUUCAUGUGACCCCUGGAGUGCAGCCACCCCCACCUCAGAUGGGAGAGAUCAUCAACUGCUGUGGAGGCACUGUCCUGCCCAGCAUGCCCCAUUCCUAUAAGCGUCACCGAGUUGUCAUAACUUGCACUGAAGACCUACCUCAAUGUGCUGUUCCAUCUCGCCUGGGGCUACCCCUCCUCUCUCCUGAGUUCCUCCUGACUGGAGUGCUGAAGCAGGAAGUCAUGCCAGAGGCCUUUGUCCUCACCAAUUUGGAAAUGUCAUCUACCUAAAAAAAAAAAAAAAAAUGUACCUCUACCCUCUCAGAGUAGCAAACAGUCUUAGAAAGCACUUGGAAAAAGGAACAUACACAUACACAAGACAGGGGAAGGUGAUUUACACCUUUAAUCUCAACACUUGGGAUGCAAAAAUAAUCAUAUUUUUGUGAGUUCUGGGCCAACCAGAGGUACAUGACAAGGCCCUAUCUCAAAAACCAAAACAACAAACCUCAGGGUUUCACAAAAGCCUAAGAUGUAUUGCUAUAAUUGCUUUGGGAAUGUGACUAAGACCUAAAAAGUUUUUUUGGAAAAAAAAAAAACAACACUUUUUUCCUAAGAUAACCAUUUUUAAGAUGGCUCCCCCAAGCUGGGGUGUAGCUCUGCACAGAGCACCUGCCGUUAGCCAGGCUAUGCUCUGCAGGCUGCAGCUGCUCUGAUGAAGCUGUUCAGGCUCAGCACCUGCUUCUUCCUGGUUGGGAAGCCAGCAUUUCCCCUUUUCUUACUCAGCAUGAGCCAGCUUCCAGGAGUUCCUGAUUGAGAAGACCAGGGAUGCUCAUGGGUGUGGUCAGGAAAGGCUUUAGUUCUGCUGCACUUACUCUACUUUCCAGUGUUUGCAAUUAGCUGUGGUCAUCUCCAGGAGGUCAGUGCUCACUCUGCCUUCCUGAUGGCAAGUUUCUGUGUGGAGACACUUGAUUUAGAAUAAAUUAUAUUUGUUUUUUAAAGUUGGCCACUUUCCAGGAUGUAGGGAAAGUAGAACUCAUGGAUACUGCUGGUGUUUGGCUUGUCCUCUGUAGUAAACAGUACCAAAGUUCCUUUAAAGUAAGUGCAGAGCAAGGCAUGGGCAUUUCCUGUAGUCCCAGUUCAGCCUGGCUUGAAAGAGUCUGGGCAUGGUGGUACAUCCCUUUAAUCCCAGCACUUGGGAGGCAGACAUAGGCCUGUCUUUGAGUUCAAGCCAGCCAGGUCUACAGAGUGAGUUCUAGAACAGUCAGGGCUGUUAACAGAGUAAACCCUGUUUUGAAAGAGAAGGGAAAAAAAUUUUUUUUGGUUUUUAUAAUUUUCUCUGGUCAUCUCUAAGGUAAGUCACUACUCAUUGUGCCUGCCUGAUUACUAUAUGACCCAGCAAUACUAUCCUGCCUCCCUUUGGAAAUUCUAUAAGCAAAGAAAAAUUUUAAACAUGCAUUUGAUAUGUAAUCUCAUUAGUCUGGAUAAAGGCUAGUGGGAUCAGAAGUUCAAGGUCAGCUUUGGCUACAUAGCAAAUUAGAGGCCAGUCCAAACUACAAAAGAUUCAAAAAAGAAAAGCACUUGACUAAUGUUCAAUCUUUUUGGUUGGGCUAGGGCUUGAACCUGGAGCUUCCUCUAUGCAUGCUAGGCAAAGCCUCUACCACUAAACCUCAAUCUGGCCCUUACCUCUUUCCAAAUAUAGAAAAACAGUAGAUGCUUGUUCAGCAAGGAUGAAUAUAUAAAUAUGCUGUCUGCAUAGAAAGAAAUGUUCAGACAUGAAGUGAAAACACAGUAUUUGAGGGUGUUUGUCGAGGACACCCUAACUAAAAGAGCAAGACACAAGGGACAGAGUUGAUUCCACCUGCAUAUAUAUUUAUAAUGUGUGAAUUCACAAAGAUAAGAGCAAAUUGAUGCUUGCCAGAUUCUGAGUGCACAGAAGCUGUUCAAGUUCCCACUGUGGGGAGUUCAAAGACUUGAAGUCAAAGGAAUUGUACAUAGUGCAGAAUAUUAAAUGCUAUUGUAUAAAAGGUUUUUUAUUUUGCUUUAUGAAUUUCACUUCAUUAAAAAAAGAGUUGCUUACUUUA